AUACGGACACCGUGGGUCCUGGCCGUAGUAAUGGAGGUACGGCGGAGCUGCUCCUUUUGACCUAGAUCUGAGGGGUGCCGACAAUGAAUCGGAUCUGAUUCGUCUUCAACGCCGUGCGACUAUCCCUUCCUCCUAGCGGCGGCUUGGACUCGCAUGGGAGUACCUUCCAUUCGUUUCGAAGUGGUAAAGCUCAGUAGCUCAGUACAUAUGGAUUUUGGGGGAUGGAAGCAGUAAGAAAUCCUUCAACUCAAUGGACUCAAUCGGCAAUGAUGUUUCUUUCAUGGAUCUGCUCAGUAUGGUUGCUGCCAAUGCCGCGAACAACGAUGUCAAGGUUCAUCACGCCGUCCAAUUACAUGAAGACCUGGUGAUUGGAACUGAAGAACAAGUCUUGGCAAAACAGCAAAUCACCCACAAUAAUAAACGGAGCUCAGCUAGCAUGGAUGGUGGGAUUUCGAAUGGUAAUACGGACUGUCGCAUGGAAUCUGUGGUGCAUCCAGUUCCCGUACUUUCUGAAAGGAUCAGUCUGUUCGGAUCGGGUCUGCCUGACGAAUCUAUAGGAACCAGUUUAUUCGUUGAUAGUUCGCUUAAAUGCGGGUCUAGUUUUUGCUCUGAUGGUAUUUCAAAAGCUUCUGCAUCAAGAAGUUUUUCCAAUUUCCUUUUGGAGGAAGAAUGUGUUGCAAUGGAUGUGACAUCUGAAGUCAGGGAAUACCACGGUGGUACAAUAGAAGAGUCCAUGAGGAAAUAUUGUGAGGACAAGAAAAGGGUGAUGUUCGAACCUGAGAUUGGGAUGGAGUUCUCUUCGACAGAAGAAGCAUUCCAGUACUAUAACAUGUACUCAUGGGUGACUGGCUUCAGCAUUAGAUUAGGCGAUAACUACACAACGAAGACUAAGCAGAGGACAAUGCAGGAAUACCUUUGCCAGCGACAGGGCAAUGGGGACGAGACAAAACAUUCAACAACCAGAUGCGGAUGCAAAGCUAUGAUGAGGGUCUCAACAAACGGAAGUUGCAAGUGGUAUGUUAAAAAAGUUAAUUGCCGAACACAAAUGACAUGAUCAGGCAUCUAAGAGAGAACAAUGUUAGCCUCACAAGAGUUAAUUUAGUUAUGGGUAGCUUGUUUGGCUCAAUGGACAAUGUACCAUUCAGCAAGAAGACACUUCGAACGGUUUGUUCGAACAUAGCAAAAGAAGCUCUAGCUGAUGAUGUGCAGAAAACUUUGCAGUCAUUUAGGGAAAAAAUAUCUAGAGAUCCUAGGUUUGUGUUCACAGCCCAACUCGAUGAGGACAACAGACUUAAUUCACUGAUGUGGACAAGUGGAAGGAGCAGGUCAUUAUACAAGCAUUUCGGAGAUGUGAUAACUUUUGACACGACUUACGAGACUAAUAUAUAUAAGAUGCCAUUUGGCAUGUUUGUGGGUGUAAACAAUCACUUCCAGAGUGUCAUAUUCGCGGGGGUUUUGUUGACUAAUGUUGCGGCAGAAAAUUUCAAAUGGGCAUUUGAAGAAUUCGUAGCAAUGAUGGGUGGGAAGGCACCACAGACAAUUCUUACAGAUCAGAGCUUGGCCAUGACAAUCGCAAUAAAGGAAAAUCUGCCGAGCACUAAUCACAGGUGGUGCAAGUGGCACAUAUUAAGGAAGGCACAAGAGGCAUUAGGACAUGUUCGCAAGCUACACAGCACAUUUAGUGAUGACUUCAACAAGGUUGUUAACCACAUGUUAACUCCUGAAGAGUUUGAAAAUGGCUGGGAAUACUUAACCAGGAAGUAU